AAGCUUCAUGGUUUGCGUUUUGAACAAUAUAUCUGGUGACUUUAUGUUCAAGUAUUUAUUCUCUUGUUGCUAAAAAACUGAAACAAAAUUAUUUGGUUUAUAAUUUUGCAUUAAUUGUUUGUUACCACACAGUUUGAAUAACUAUGGCCACAGGUGGUGAUCAAUUUGAUUGUCUUGUUUGUCUAGAAACAUUGGUGAACCCUCGCAUUUUGUCUUCAUGUGGGCACUCCUACUGCUCUUCUCCAAAAAACUGUCCCAAAGGGAUUAUACAGUCUUAUUCCAGACAAUGCCCCGAAUGCAGGACUCCCAUUGAGGAUAGAGUUCGAAAUGAGAAGCAUUGCGUGGAGAAUUUUACGCUGAAGUCUGCAAUUGCGUCAAGAGAUGUGCCUGCCCGAUCUCAAACCAGUGAAGCCGGUAAAGAGAUGUGCCGAACUCAUAAAAAAGCAAAAAAGUAUUUCUGUCAAAACAACAACUGUGAAAUCUCUAUUUGCAAGGAUUGCUGGAGAGCUAGUCAUGGAGCUCAUCUUGUUGUACGGCAAGAAGAUAUUGAUCUAAAGCAUGCCACUGAGAAAACUGAGAAAGCUCUGCAACUCUUUGAGGGCUGUCAAAACACUAUUAGACAGCUCACAGAUCAAAAUAUUGAUCUAAAUGCCGAAAUUUUGACAGUAACGGACAAAUCAAAUGCGCUGAUGAGCAGGAAACCUGAUAUCAAACGAGUGCAGGAUCUGCAACAAGUUGUUAAACUUGAAGAGAGUAUCAAAAUUGAGCUGAAGGGUUUGAAAGCAAGCAGUUGCGCGAAAAUUGCAAGCAUGAAAAAGAUGAUGAUUGCUUUAUGGGAAGAUAUCAAUAAGAGUAUCGAUGCUGCAAUUCAGGCCUUGCAUUCAGAAAGCUCAACUGUUGUCAACAGAAUGAAUAAUUUGAAUUUGGCCGUAGACCCUAGCUAUGCACAGUCCACAGUAAAGUACAGUGUGGGAGUGUAUUGUCAGCACACAGACAACAAUGUAUUCUUCACACUGUUUGGUCGGAAUGGCGACACGGGCAGACAGAAACUGAGCAAAUUUAAGCACAAAGGUCUUGUUUGGUAUGUGUUUGAACUGCAGAUGAUAGACGUGGGCAGAAUGAAGAGACUGGUAGUGGAGAUCGAAUUCGGAAAGGGGAGGGGAAAGACAAGUUGGCAUCUACAUUGUUUUGAUGUGACCAAUCUGAGCAGCGGAGAGGAAACUACUUUCUUGAAAGCUGAUUGUAUUCUGAGCAAGAAAAAAGAUGGCUCACCAACCACAAUAAAACUACUGCCGCUGAGAAUUCCAAUUACAAGCUAAAUACUUCAAGCUUCAAAGAGGAAUUCAAACAGAAAGGACGAACCAACAACUUUUCUUAUCUCGCUUUAUGUUAAUUGUAAAUAGGAUUUGGUCUAUACUAUACUGUAUAUUUUGUCUAUGCUCACCGGCGAUCUUAAACCGAGAUAUAUAUCUCUGAUCAAUCCAAUUGAAUUAUUUCUAGAACAUAGGGUAAAUUGGCAUUGGGUAAUUUGGCAUAGGGUGGUUUGAUAUAUAGGGUAGAUUAGUAUAGGGUAGAAUGCCAUAGGGUAAAUUGGAAUUGGUUUGAUUGUCAUCGAACCAUAUUUUUAACCUAGAUUAAUUACAUGCACAUGUAUUUUCGA